UCGCCUGGAAAGAUCAAAGCUUCGCCAACACCCUCCCACCCUAUCGCUUGCAUCAUCGCCUGGUCAGGCAAAUGCUAACACUCUUGCGCGUCUGACGUUUUCGCCCCCCUAUAUUCCUUUCCAUAGGCGAUCAUGAUCCCUCGCCGCUAGACGAAUGUUCUGUUUGUCUAGUCUGUGAUCACAAGUUGCUAAUUUCUCUAGUUCAUGGGAAUUUCCUUGUCGGGCACUUGAAACUGCCACAAAGAGAGUAUUCGAUCACUUCUAUGUCGGGGGGUCGCGUGUUGCCGUCGGUUUCUGCAGGAUGCACGGAAUCUGGAUGGACAAUAAGCAGUUGGGUCUCCUCGGCUUCUUGUCAAGUUCCAAUUCCUUAUCGCUAAUGGUGAUGAUCGUAGACGAACUGGCGAUGUCUAUGUUGGGGGCUUAACUUUGCUGCGAUAUUGCAAUUCUGAAACCUUGUCUCGUGCGGAUGCAUUCAGAGUUUAUUACUGAAAGAGGCAAAUGCUUGUAGAUUGUUCAGAAGCCCUCUGAGCGCGUCAGGGAAGGACCUUUGCCAAAUGCUUUCCUUGUCUGCUAUUCCUCCGCUCAUCGUAAGGUCUUCUGCUUCAAGCGCGUGGAUGGUUUCAAAAUAGCUAGCAAUCGAUCAGGACCUGGUCUUUAUCUCUCCACGGCGAUCAGCAAGUCCACCCUUGGAAGGGAACACAAGUAUUGGCGAAGUUGUAUGCAGCCAGUUGCCACAAGGUGUUGAAAUGUUUUCCGCUGCGUGGUUUGACCACGCACGUAGCAGUUGAAACAAGUCUUGAGAGAUCGGACGACAUCCGGACUGUUUAUAAGUGACGAGCACGACUAGUUGCGACGAAGGACGGGGAGAAAACCUUUCAAAUAUCUAUUUGUCUGGAGAGCUUCGGAGGGUAGGAAGCCGAAACUAAACAGAUCAUCUGGUUCAGUGAAGAAUCCUAAAAUAUUAACGAAGAGCUUCUGGUAGGAGUGGGACAACAAGUCAUGCUUUGAAUCUUGUUCGAUAUUAAAAGCGAUCAACACUGUUAGUUUUUACUGAAGGGAAGCUGCUGCAUGCUUGAAUAGCUUGCAUCGGUGACCCCAUGGAUUUUCUGGGAAAACAGAGUAGCACGCACGACGGGGACGAGGUUGAAAAAGACUUUGAAGGGGUCGCUGGAAGCCGAACGAGCCCCGGAGCCUCAUCAGAUGAUUUGUCUUCCGAGAGCAAUACAACCUCCACAACAAAUGCUCCAGAUCAAUCUGAAAAAGGUUCCCGAAGACUUGACAGUCGAGGAAAAGUUAGGCAAUACGUGCGCUCGAGGUUACCCAGGCUGCGGUGGACAGCCGACUUGCAUCACUGCUUCGUCGUGGCAGUCGAAAGAUGUGGAGGUCAAGAGAAAGCAACACCCAAGAUGGUGCUGCAGUACAUGGAUGUAAAGGGUCUGACUAUUGCUCAUGUCAAAAGCCAUCUACAGAUGUAUAGGAGCAUGAAAAACGACGAAAGUCUUCAAAGCGACCUUAGCCUCUGGCGUGGUUCCGGAAAAUUUCAGCACCACAACAACCUCUGGCUACACUCGAGCGCCGCAGAUUCUCUCAACAGAAGCAACCACCUGUUCGAACAGCCAUCAGCAGGUCACCGGCACAACGCAACUUUAAUCUCCGCGAAGAAACAACUGGAGGCGGAGUGGGAGGUGUGUAGACGAGAAUACGACGCACGAGUUGCUUUGAUGAUGCUCAUGGAUCAGAGCCGCGUCGGCAAUCCACGCACCCCUUCGGAUCCGAACCCCACCUUGUCGGAAUCGCCUUCUCAUGUCCAGCUCAUGAAGCUUUUGGACGGUCCAGCUCCGCGGCCACUAGACCGAGGUUCAAGUUACAUCAACAUAUACAACAGAUUCCAGAGCGAUUCCACGAACGACCAACCUGACGAGGUUUCCAAAAAAUCUUCCCAACUUGUCAAACUGCCCCCGCGCGAGCACGAUGCAGCUCCCCAGAGUUAUUCCUCAGAGGAUCUUGUGAGUUCGCUCUCACUGUCACGCCCACAUUCCUGGUCAGUUGGGCACACAGCGCCGAUUAGUCAGAGGAGUACGACUAUGGCAACUGAACAUGUUCUUUUAGUUGACUUCUUGUCACCACGGGUGCAGAGCGGGGGGCACGGUCACCACAUGGAGGACGGUCUCAAGUUGGACUUGACAAUGUCCACUGGAUCCGCCAGUGAACCAGAAUAUGAAGCUUCCCGGAGUUCGUAUGCAAAGAAAGUCAAGCUGGAUCUGACGCUGGACCUUACGAUGUCCACCGCGUAGCGAGUUGCGAUCAAUACUUCAGUAAACGCUUCUGUAACAUUUGUUCUGAAUAAGGUGUGCAGGGGUUUUUUUUGUCAAUGGGUCUGAUCUGUGAAUUGGAAUUAUCCUACAACUGAGGUCAUCCCCCUUAUUGUUUGCCGAAGUUGGAGCAUAAUUUUCUAUUCUGCCUUUUGAACAUUAAACAGGAAUGACUCAUGUGCUCAAGUGCAUGUUCAGAUAGGGAGAGACAUCGCCACUGUGAAUAGCUUGACACUCAGGACCCAUAGUUUUAGAGCUUUAAAAUUUUUUCUUCAGAGCCAGCGACGACACGCUGCCAGCUAUUGGGACACUGCUUCCUAAUAGUUUUGAAGGAAUCAUCAGUGACUGAUCCCCUUUUGCACUAAAUUAUGCUCAAAGUUGACGUUCAUGCCCAUCAA